UUCCAUUGAGUCGAAAAGUGGGAAUAAAGCGCAAAGUUUCUUUGUCUAUUUAGCGUGUUUUGUGGACAAAAAUGCCGUGAUAUAUUGAUUUCAUAAAGCUCCGAUCAGUAUUAACCGUUUUUCAUGUUAUCUUCAAUUCGGCGGAGCGGUGGGAAACGCUUACAUCGUAAAAAUGCCUUUGGUGUCGAUGAAAAAGACAUCAGGGAACUCCAAGUUGUUUUCAGUACGAGUGUCAACAAUGGAUGCAGAGCUUGAAUUUGAUGUUGAGAUGAAGAUAACAGGGAAGGAGUUGUAUGACUUGGUGUGCCGCACAAUAGGGUUGCGAGAAACAUGGUAUUUUGGCUUGCAGUAUGUUGACUCUAAAGGCUACACGGCAUGGCUAAAGUUUGACAAGAAGGUUUUGGACCAGGAUGUACCCAAAGAGAAGCCACUUCCUCUGGUUUUCCUGGCAAAGUUCUACCCUGAGGAUGUAGCUGAGGAGCUGGUGCAAGAGAUCACACAGCAUCUGUUUUUUCUGCAAGUGAAGCAGUCCAUUCUCCACAUGGAUAUAUACUGUCCGCCUGAGGCCUCCGUGCUGCUUGCAGCAUAUGCUGUGCAGGCCAGGUAUGGGGACUAUGAUGACGCAACAUACUCUCCUGGGAUGUUGGCCAGUGAAGAUCUGCUGCCACAGCGAGUAAUCGACCAGUAUCAGAUGACACCAGAAAUGUGGGAAGAACGCAUCAAGGUCUGGUACUCCGAGCGCCGUGGUAUGACAAGAGAUGAGGCUGAAAUGGAGUACCUCAAGAUUGCCCAAGACUUGGAGAUGUAUGGUGUCAACUACUUUCAAAUCAAAAAUAAAAAAAAUACAGACCUGUGGCUGGGAGUGGAUUCUAGAGGCAUCAAUGUAUAUGAACGGGACAAUCGAUUAACACCUAAAGUAGCUUUUCCAUGGAGCGAGAUCAAAAAUAUUUCAUUCAAGGACAAAAGAUUUGUGAUUAAAAUGGUGGACAAAAAGGCAGCAGAUUUCAUCUUCUAUGCUCCAAAGUUGAGAAUCAAUAAACUGAUCCUUGAAUUGUGUGUUGGAAACCAUGAACUCUUCAUGAGGCGGAGGAAGCCAGAUUCAAUGGAAAUUCAACAGAUGAAGACUCAGGCCCGUGAGGAAAAGGCACGCAAGCAGCUUGACAGAACACGGUUGGCACGGGAGAAGCAGCUGAGGGAAGAGGCUGUACGAGAGAAAGAGGAAAUGGAAAGGCGGAUGCUCCAGCUGCAGGAUGAUGUUCGCAUGGCCCAGGAAGCACUGAUGAGGUCAGAGGAGACAGCUGAGCUUUUGGCAGAGAAAGUAAAGAUUUUGGAUGAAGAAGCCAUGUUGCUGACACAGAAGGCUGCAGAGGCAGAAGCUGAAGCCCAAAGAAUCAAGAUUUCAGCCAUCAAGUCUGAGGAAGAAAGAAUAAUUAUGGAGCACAGAGCUCGAGAAGCUGAACUUAUUGCUUCAAAACUUGUUGAAGACUCAGAGAGAAGAGCCAUGGAAGCAGAACAUUUGAAAGAUGAGUUGCUAAAGGCACGAGUGGCAGAAAGAAUCGCCAAAUCCAAGCUGCUAGAGCUUUCACGCACUGGCACCAGCACUGGCAGUGGCACCAGCUCCAUCACUAGCACCAGCACCAGCACCCCAGUCUAUCACUCAAUUUUUAGCCCAAUUCACGUGCUUGCUUCUGACCUGUCUGCUGGAUUCCAGAGAAAUGUAGACAUACAUAGUGACCCAGUAAACAUGGAAAUGUCAGAGGUGAGUUGUGACCUCAUCAGUGGCGACAUGGAGCAGCUGACACUGGAUCUGGAGAAGGAAAGAAUUGAAUACAUAGAGAAGAGCCGGCGUCUGCAAGAGCGGCUCAAGGAGCUCAAGAGCGAGAUGGAAGACCUGAAGGUGGAGGCAGAAGUGUCUGACCUUGACCGCUUGCAUGAUGAGAAUCUUCAGCGAGGAGAGAACAAAUAUUCUACCCUACAGAAGAUAAGUGCAAGUUCUUCCAAAGCGAGAGUGGCUUUUUUUGAGGAAUUGUGAUACUUUGAGAAUUUCAGAAACUGUUGAGUUUACAUCGCUAUCCCAGAGUUCUCUUGCUCAUCCCUGGCAGGAAGAAGUUCAGAACUGCAAUUUUAGUACAGAUUCCUGUAUUUUGACAAGAGUGUUUAAGAGGAUUGCAUAAUUUGCAUCUGCAUAUUAAAGACUUUGUGGUUCCAUACAUUAGUUUUGAAAAGGACCUGUUGGCUCCAUGGUUAAUAUAGCAACAUACAAACUGCAACCGGAAUGACAUUCAAAGUACUCAGGUAUUUGCCAUGGAAGGACCAUAUGCAUAGCAUAAACGAGAAAAUGUGCUAAUGAAAGCAUGCCUGUCAAACAUGUUUGCCUCUAAAGAUAUAUUAAACUGCAUGUGACUCAGUAUGAAACACUAUUUUGGUGAUGUACAAAUUUUGACCAGUCAUUAAAAGUGGUGCUACAAGUCUUGUUUUCCCCACUUCACUGCAACCAUUCAUAAAGAGAAAAUAGGAAAGGAAUACUGAACAAUGAUGGCAUGCCAAUAUUUUGCGUGGUGCUGACAUUUUAUGUAUCCGGUCUGUUGGGUAGAUGAGAGUGAUCACACUUCAUCUCAAUAACGGUGCUGUAUCUGAUGCUGGUAAAUUGCAACAGUUUGCAUGUUGUACAUUGUCACUAGACAUGCUCCACGAAGACUGUAAUAAUUUUUAAUUUACUUUCAGCUGCUCACUCAGGGUUUUAAUAUCUGGUGCCCAGGAGCAGCAGUGACAAUAGAUUGGUUACCUUUGGCAUUGGUGGCAGGUUGCCAAAUGUAAAGCUACCAUGGCAAAUGAGUAAUAAUUUUUCUCUAUUUUUAUAUGCCUCAUAAACUGAAAAAAAAAUUCCAAAGGAGAAUAACUGCAGGCAGCUAAGUUUUAGACCCAGCUUUAGUGGAGAUAAAAAAGUAAUUGUUUAUAACUAGAGCUGGUUUUAACAGCAGUCUGAACACAUGCAUCAUUGUGCAGCUUGAUUCAGUCCAAGGUGAAUGAAUGAAAGCUGACUGUAAAAGUGGAAAGAUUAUUUUUAAAUUAUCAUUAUUUAUGCAUGAAGCUGUCAUCUAGAAUGCUCAGUUUCCCCACCCUUUCUCCCCAAGAUCAUGAAGAUAUAAAUUAGCUAAACAGGUUUCAAGUUCAUGAGCCAGCAGGGUAGUUAACAACAAUAAAAAUAAUAACUGAAUGUCCUCAUGAGAAGGCAAGUUCAGUGCUUGUGACAGUUUGGAAGAUCUAUUCUUGGGAAAUGGGUAUGUUUGACAUCUGUGAUGGAGUAGACUGCACUGGCUCUGUCACUCUGGCACCUGAAGCAUAAGGUUAUAUCAGAAUCCUUGCUUAAUAUCCGAUCAAAGCAAUGUACUUUUCUAUUGUUCACAGAAGUGACAGAAAGCAAAUGCUGGAUGUUUGCAUGAAGACCAUGGAUGUGUUCAAUAUGAUUUUAUAAACAGAUGAUAAAGGUCAGUCUUGAAGUAUUGCACAGCUGUUAAAAGCAAGUUGUGCGCAUUCUGGUGAGAGAAGCUUGACAUUUUUUUCAGGAAAUGUGCCAGACACCAAUUUGGACAAAAUGCAGCUUUCCAGUAAACUCUUGCUCGAAUUAGAGUGUGUUUAACAGCAUGAUUUUUAAUGUAUUUAAUGUGCAUAACUAAUAUUAUUUAUUUUAUAUUAUUUAUUCAUAAGCUUGUCAUUUUUUUUUUAAACUUGACUAUUGAGGAAUACGACUUGUUAAAUGGCUUUCUACAACCUGCAAGACGUAAAAUGUAAAUGCUUGCCUUCUACCAAAACAGUCAUCUCCUAAUUUCUAUGUUGUUUAAAACAAAAGGAAAACAAUUACAUAGAGUUACAUAAGGCAUGCUUUAGCUGUGCUUAUUAAGCAUUCUUGUACAGACAGCAACUUGAGCAUUUUGUGGGUUUUUUUGUGAUGCUGCUUUGAUGUCAGAUAUUAUCUUAGUGUUCUUUCAUUUUGGCUGUCAACUUUUGUUGUAAGCUGCAAAACCAUAGGCUCUUUCAUGUUUUUAUGCAAUUUUGAAAUGUUCCUAAGUGCCAAAUCUCUUCAGUUCACACAGAUCUAGGGGUAGAAAAAUGUGUGUGUUGUCAGAUGUUUGUUGUGCUGUAGACAUGAAUACUGCCUGUGAUGGACUGAGUGGUAGGAAGUGUUAAAAGUAAUAAAUCAAAUUUUAAGUUUUUCGGUGAAUUUUCAGCAAAUACCUUGAAACAAAAACAUGAAGUACAUGGUGGUAAGAAAGUUGAAUCUGUGUCUGCUUGGGAUUUUUACUAUAGUAUCAGUUACAUUCAUACUGUAAUUUGUGUGAAAGAUGGCACGUGUCUGUAUAUAUAUUCCCAGGGUUGUGCACAUUAUCGUAAUAAACAUUAUAAUGGUUAUAAUUCGAAUAAAAAUGGUAGAAGUCAAGGAGUUACCCUUCACAAUACAACUGCCAAUUUUCCCUUUGAAAGAUUAUUUCAGCGCAGUUUGUGUUAAGCUAUGUAAUCUGGGUGUGUAGCUAAGAAAGGAAACUAUUUGUGUGUGCAUUCCUAUGCUUUAAUGCAUUGUCUUUUGGGUCAGACAUGAAUGUGCAAGGAUGUCUGCUGCCAAGAUAUUUUUUUUUCUCUGAAAUAGGAUAAAUUUGAAAUGCUAGGGUACAGAGACCCAUAGUAGCUGAAAUAGUUUAAAUCUUGGUCUGUUGUACAUUGGACUCCAUGUCUUCAACAUGGGAUCUGAUCUUGGCUAGACUAUGAUCAUUAUGUCAAAUAUAUGGCGAAACCUUUA